AUGUCUUUGCGCGGGCCCAUGCGGCGGUCCCACCUUAGGCAGGUGAGCGCUGCCAGCUUGGAGACCCUUUCGACCAUCCACACCGAGACAUCGUAUCGCGAUCAUGACCCCACGCCAGAUGAGCGAACCGUUCGGCUAUCCGCCAGCUUGGCCCGGCACCAAUGCACCCUUUGGGUCCAUGAUGAAAUGUUUUCGAGGGAGGAGAUAUUAUUGAAUCCGUCGGCGUUCGGAGAAAGCGGAAUCCAGGUCGGGGAUGUGGUCGAGAUUCUACCCGUUCGAGCUUCUGGGGAUGCAGGGCAUUCUGCCUUGAAACCUGACGUUGGCGUGAAGAUGGCCCGCGAAAACCAUGCGGACUUGAAUUUGAACUCUCAAUCCGACAGCACAUCCAAGUUCAAAACCCCAUUGCAAAGCCGAUGCUUGUUUGUGGUGAAACCUUUGCCGCAAGAUGUGAAGAUGCGCCAUCCCAAAUUAGAGAUAUCGGUGACCAGCAGCGUGGCCAAUAUUUUCGGUUUCAAGAAUAGAACCCAGGUCACGCUUUCCAUUGUCGAUCGUGAACACUGCGCCGCGUCUCAUGUUGACAUUUCCUUCCGUGACCAGUACAUGGUGCGGUCUGAUAUGUGGCGACUGGUCAUGUCCGAGCUCGUCAACAAGAUUGUCUACAAGGGGCAGAAAAUCAUGUUCAUGGGAAGUAUUAAGGCAACUGUCAAGAACAUUUUCAUUCGAGAGAAGAAGGUCCUUUCAGGGUAUUUUGCGCCUCAUACAAUUCCCGUCUUUCGCAGCGAGUCAGCAAAGUAUGUUUUGUUUAUACAGAUGUCCAGGGAAAUGUGGGACUUUGACUCGGAAGGGUCUGGGGAUAUUCUGUUCAGUCGCGUGAUCAACGGGUUCUUGCCAGAGCUUUUCAAGCGAUGGGCUAACUCAGAUGCGAAACAUUUGGUCACCAUUGUGCUCUUCACGCGAGUGGAAUACGAUGUCAAUGCAUCUCCGAGUAUAUCUCAGCUCAAUUCUGGCUUAGCAGGUGCACCGGGUCCGAACAAUUUUCCAACUCGGGACUUUUAUCGUGUCGUCGUGAAUGAUAUGGCAAGCGGCCAUUGGACCACGAUUUUGGAUGAGCUCAAGAAGAAUUUUAGAACUUUUUUGCGGGAUGUGUCAAUUUUGAAAACAGAUGACCUGGAUGCUGCCGCUGGAAGCGGCAUCAAGAUCCCUUCCAGACCACAUACCGCCACAAUCGCCGGUCGUCCCAGUACAGCUUUGCGAGGCAAUAUCCUCGAGGCCAUUCAUCUUGCCUCCGCUCACCUGGCAUAUGACCAUAUUGAUCGAGAUAUGGUUCACACGGGAACAUCUAUCAUCGUGAUCACUCCAGGAAGUGGGGUGUUCGAAGUGUCAUACGAGUCUUUGGCCUCUACUACAGAAGCUUUGACGAAUCGUGGCAUAGCUAUCGAUCUGGUCUGCCUAAGUCCAAUGCCCCUUCACUCCGUGCCUCUCUUCAAAUAUCGAGAACCGGUAGAGCGUGCUUCUAGUUCCCUCGAAAGUCCGAUCGAGACGCCAAAAUUGUCACCUGAAGUCCACCAUUCGAUAUCCAGUCUUGUCAGCAGAUCAUCUUACCUCUCCCCGGGAUCUUACCUCUCCGCCACCAGGAUGCGAGAGCGAGGUUUGCCUAAAUCUAGAGACUGGAGCUACGGCAUCCCACACUGGCUCGAUAUCUCAUAUUGGAAUCCGGAAACCUAUCGAGAAGCUCGGCGCAUCUUGAAAAACGACCCCAAUGCUCCUAUCCCGCACACCGUCACUCGGCCACACAAAGCGUUUACUCCACGCGUACGCAUGUAUGAGAUUCAAAUGAUGGGUGUCAUGGAGAGUGAACAAUCCAAUAUCUCUAUCCCCUACCUUCUCGAGGGGCGUGAUAUUGUAAAACCUCGUACGUGGCUAGGUUCAAACUCAGCAGUUCGCGCCCCUCCAAGAACGCGAUUCGCCAACACUUCAUCCCUUAAGGCGCAAUUCAGUGACAGCCUACGACCAGAACCGUUUCUUGAAAAUGUUACAGAUCAAAGUGAACUCCAAACCAGAGAACCGCGAAAAUCUCGAAAGUCUGUCAUGGCUUGGAUGGACCAGUAUGACGAUAAUAUAUUCGCCGCGACUUCUAAAAGGAAGGACGCACCGAAGCCUAGAAACAAGCGCCUGAGUGAGCCGGAGGUUCAGGGCACUGGUGCGCAUGAACGGAUGUCGGCACGAUCUGUGUUGCAUCUACGAGAGCAUGAGAAUAGUACCGCUGAUGGCAGCCAAGCACUGCGCGCUGGUCCCCGAAGGAUCGACGGAUCUAGCGUAUCUCACAAGAGCACAGUGUCUUCGAAAAGCCCGUCACCCAACAAGUCGUCACUGAAGACCAGACCAGCACCACCCGCCUCGCGAAUUUCUCGAACAAUCAGCUUUGCGCUUCGCGGCUUGAUUUCCACUCCUCCAAGGGCCCAGGCAAGUACUGGAGUUCAUGUAGAGCAUGCAAACGCACUUCCGAUGUCCAAUCAAAGGCCCUCUGGAGGCACCUUUUCCGACACUAAAAGUAUCAUUUCCUUGAGCCCAUCGGAGACUACAUCAACGGCGACAAUCAAUGAUGGAGCAGCAUCUCCGCCAUCUACCCCUCCGAGACUUUCACAACACACUAGGUUAACCCCCUCUAAGCCAAUCUCCAUUAAAACACCAUUGAAAAAGCCAUCGAACAGUUCAGAGCGACUAGAACCUGGUAGAGCUCAAGGCUCGCUAUCGACGUCUGCAACAGAGACGCAUUUUGUAAAUCGUGAUGAGGGGCUAGGUCGGCCUAACGAUCACAAAGUCGAGAUAACUCUCAAUCACAGUUCCCGUGAUACCUCAAGAAACUCUCCAGGAAAAGCUCUUUCGCCCUGGGUACGAUCAGUCAACCCUUGCAACACUCCAAAGGAUGUGCUGCGCAAGACCAGCUGGUUUGGUCGUUGGCAACACGCGUAUCCUCGUCCCCCUCACGUUGCGGUGGUUAAAUGGAAGAGCUUGAAAUCACCUGCGGUGCUGCCUUUAACUACAGAAGAAUUCCCAACUUCAAGUGAACUUACGUCGGAUUAUCUACAGACGCCAUACCGCGUUUUCGCGAAUGACGAUGCAGAGGGUAUCGAGGCACCAAAGACUCGAGGGUUUCUCCUACGAGAAAUGAUCUCGCUUCGAUUGUCUCAUGGCUUUCAAAUUGUUGUGGGCCGAAAUGUGGCAGAAGUCUCAGCACAACCGGCCCUUGAGUCGCUUAAUGUUUUUGACACCCGAGGACUCGAACGAGAUGGGGUUAUUGUUUUCCUCUCUAAAGGCAAUGCAAUCCAUCGUCUCAUCACUGUAGAUGGAGGGGAAAUCGAAGUGACUCGCUUCACACAUCACACGGCAGCGGCCCUCAUGUCGCCUAAACGAUCCACUUUCACGCUGUAUCAGCCGGCCAUGAGAACAAUUCUGAGCCAGGAGUAUGAGAUCAAAGACAUCAAGCUGGACCCCACUGCUGAAGAGUAUAAUUGGAAUCUUGCUGAUAAUUAUCUGGCGGGCCACCGAGACUAUAUUCAUAACCCAGCACAACAGCUACAUUUCUGGCGGGUCCGUUAUGUAUUGAUCCCAAUGCAACUACACCCCCACUCUCGACGGCAUCUACAAUCAUUCAAUGAGGACAACGAGGAGGAGAUCCAUUUGCUCGGUAUCAGCCAGUUAACUCACAUUUGGCAACGAAACAAAUAUGUCUCUCCAGAGGAAAAGCGAUUUGAGUCUGCGAACAGAAAGAGAGAUCAGAAUCCACUCAACAUUAUGUAUCAAACACGAAAUCCGUCCGAGGUCGUCGCAGCUGAACUUGAUCGUGUACUGCUCACCGACCCUGGGCUUGACAAUCCACCCGCUCAGCUUUUGCCUGAGGCAGACCUGCUUGAGAGGUCUGGUGACCUCAUAACGGUACUUUCGCAGAUGAUCCAAGGCGAGAAGGGGGUGCGGAUGAUGGAUCGACGAUGGCACUGGAGGCUACACUAUAACUGUUUUAUUGGGUUUGAGCUUACCACUUGGUUGAUACAAAACUUCCGGGAUAUCGAGACCCGUGAGGAAGCAGUCGAGUUUGGCAAUGAGUUGAUGAAACACGGGCUAUUCCAGCACGUCGAGAAACGACACAACUUCCGAGACGGCAAUUAUUUCUAUCAGAUUUGCGCUGAGCAUCGUAUCACGCGUCCUGAAUCUCGAGGUAGUUGGUUCCCCCAGCUUCGAGCAGACAAGUCAAUGCCCUCAACUCCGGCAAUUGGAAAGGAUUCUCCCUCCAGUCUUCGCGCUCGCUCUGAUAGCAUUGAUGAGCGCAUGCCGCAGACGCCGAGUACCCCAUCCAAGACCAAGAACAAAGUUGCAAUCAUGCUGUCUAAGACCUUGAAGUAUGAUGUAGACAAUCGCAAGCGGUCAAAUCGCCCUGAGGUGAUCGACCUUCACUACGAUAGAUUGCACAAUCCCGAGAACUGCUUCCACAUCGAGCUUAGCUGGAUGAGCACCACGCCAAAGUUGAUUGAGGAUACCGUUCAUUCGUGGGCCUCCACCGCAGAGAAGUUUGGUCUGAAGCUGGUUCAGGUGCCUAUAGCUGAGGCCUGCGCCAUCGAUAAGACGCAGCCGUUCCGAAAGCCUUAUAGGAUCUCACUGAAGGUUCCACCACCCAAGGGACCGUUACAUACAGUUUUCAACAACGCUUCUUUCGCACAGCCAGGGCCACCGGACCACCUCUAUUACCAGAAGUGUAUCUUGCGCAAGUUCGACUUUGUUCUGGAUUUCGAAGCGUGCACUGCAUUCCCGGCUGAUGUUGAAGUCUCAUUCUCUUGGGGCAAGCCUGAUUAUAAGUACCCGCAGUAUAUCCACCGCAAUGGCAGUCUGCUUGCUCAGAUCACGGAUGAGGGAGAUUUCCUACUUCUCGCCAACCGACUGGUCAGUACCCGCAGCGUCGCGAGCAGAGACGCAGGCCGCUAUGAUCAUGGCCGUUCAGACUAUCGUGGCCGUGCACCAAAUCACGACUCUCUCGAUCGCCUUUCUCCACGCCUGUCUCCACUGAUCCGUCCUUUGCACGAUAUUGGAAGCCCCAUACCUUCGGCAGCUGCACCAAAUAUCGACUCGGCAAAUCUGUACCGUGCGCCAGAGCAUAUUCUCAACGGUCUAGCUGAUUUCUGCAAAGAUGCAGCCGCACUCGAGCAGUUUUACAGCGAGGCUCAUAUUCGUCCAGCCUCAACCAAGGCCGAGCCUGCCACUGCUCAUCUCAUGGAUACCUCUAUUCCAUCACUUGAGCUUCCCGCCAGUGUCGUCAGCCACCACAUCUCGCCUCCGCCGGGAUUGCCCUCUAGGGUGGUUGGGGAUUCUCGUGACACAAGGGACGGACUGAAGUCGCCAGAGAUGUCGCGGACCAGGGCUCGCGGUGAGAGUGUGAGCUACAUGGGCAGUCCACGGAGCGGUAGCCUCCGACCUCUGAUUUAA